CGCGAGUGAGAGGAAGCCGGGCAUCCCUUACCGGAUCGGCUUCAUUCGGUGGGCGUGGCUCGGUAAUCGAGGCCUCCGCGGCGGAGCGACUUCCUUUUCCGGCCUCCGCUGAAGCGAGAAGGAGCCUGUGCAGCGAAGCGCAGCCAUGUCUCUCGUGAUCCCAGAGAAGUUCCAGCACAUCCUCCGCGUCCUCAACACCAACAUCGACGGGCGCCGGAAGAUUGCCUUCGCCAUCACCGCCAUCAAGGGCGUGGGCCGGCGUUAUGCCCAUGUGGUGCUGAGGAAAGCCGACAUCGACCUGACCAAGAGGGCUGGUGAACUCACUGAGGAUGAGGUGGAGCGCGUCAUCACCAUCAUGCAGAACCCCCGGCAGUACAAGAUCCCCGACUGGUUCCUCAACAGGCAGAAGGACGUCAAGGACGGGAAGUACAGCCAGGUCUUGGCCAACGGACUGGACAACAAGCUCCGUGAGGACUUGGAGCGCCUGAAGAAAAUCCGGGCGCAUCGGGGCCUGCGCCACUUCUGGGGCCUCCGCGUCCGUGGGCAGCACACCAAGACCACCGGCCGCCGUGGCAGGACCGUGGGCGUCUCGAAGAAGAAGUAGAGCUUUCCAUGUGCAAAUAAUAAUUAAAAAGUACCGUUUUCCAGCC